AUGUUUACCAAACUGCGUGGAAGGUAUCUUCAAGCUGCAAUCACGUUCAGUGCUGGAAGCGCCUACUUGCUUUUUGGUUACGACCAGGGCGUGUUGGGUGGUCUUGUUACCCAGCCCAGCUUCCUCGAUGCCAUCGGUAAUCCGAGUCCCAGCUUCCUGGGCUUGAUUGUCGCGUUGUACAACAUUGGCUGCUUGGUGGGAUGUAUUGUAGCCUCCUUGAUUGGAAACAAAUGGGGUCGACGCAAGAUCAUCAUUUGGGGCUGCAUCAUCAUGAUCAUUGGAGGCGUUAUCCAAUCCGCUGCUUUUGGCGCGGCGCAACUCAUUGUGGGCAGACUCAUCUCUGGAGUUGGGAACGGCAUGAAUACGAGCAUUGUGCCAGUCUAUGUCUCGGAGUGUUCACAUGCAAAGCACAGGGGACGUGCUGUUGCAGUACAACUCUCAAUCGUUAUUUUUGGCACAGUCGUGGCCUACUGGCUUGAUUAUGGGACCAUCAAGCAUCUCACAGGAGAGGUCGUCUGGAGAUUCCCGAUUGCCUUUCAGAACGUCUUUGCCCUGGUGACGGUCGCUACACUCCCCUUUCUUCCAGAGACCCCAAGAUGGCUUUACUCCCACGAAUAUCGGACCGAAGCGAUUGAAGUCCUCUCUCGAUUGUAUGACUGUCAGGAAGAUGACCCAAUCAUCCAGUCAGUCCGGCAAGAGAUCGAGACGGCCCUAAACCUCGAACAUCAAACCGAAAAGUUCUCUCUCAAGAACCUCAUCCACGACAAAACCCCGGUCAAGAAUACCCGUCGACUUGUUCUCUGCUUCAUGAUUCAGCUGUGGCAGCAGUUCACAGGAAUCAACGUCAUCGCCUUCUACGUUACAAUCGUUCUCGAGACCAACGUUGGCUUGUCCAAGGAUACGAGCAGUCUUGUCGCUGGCUGUAUCCAGAUUGCUUUCUGGCUGAGCACGUUCCCUCCCAUGUAUCUACUCGAUAGAGUUGGCCGUCGACCAAUGCUCAUGUUGGGAUCUGUGUCACUCUUGACUGCUAUGGCCGUCUUCACUGCGGGCAUCGCGGUCAACACAUCAUCGACGUCAGCCAUGGCUCUAGCGUUUCUCUUCAUCUACGAGAUAUCGUUCGGCAUGUCCUGGAACAGCAUUCCUUGGCUCUACGCUCCAGAAAUUACUCCUCUUGAGCUGCGACAUGUGGGCUCAUCCGUCGCCGCAUUUUCUGAAUGGCUCUGGACAUUUGUCAUUGCUCUUAUCACGCCAUAUGCCAUCGACACCGCAGGUUGGAAGUUUUACAUCUUGUUCUGCGUCAUGAUUCUUCUCAACAUUCCUUUCACUUAUUUCUUCCUCCCAGAGACGAGUGGGAAAACACUUGAAGAGCUUGAUUACGUUUUCUCUGGAGAUGCAUUCAACGCUCAUGAGAUCAAGGGCGACAGCGAAGAGGGCAGAGGAUCGUGCGUCCAAGUCGAGAAGUCACUUUAG